AUGGGUGGCGAUCUCAACUUGAAGAAGAGUUUCCACCCUUCUCUCAUCAAGAACCAGGCCAAGGUCUGGGAAGAGGAACGCAAAGCCCUCGAUGAGCGCAAGAAGACACAACAGCGAAUUAACGAGCUCAAAGAGGAGCGCGAGCGCGAAGAACUCCAGAAGAAGCUCGAGGCUGCAGGGCACACCAAACGAGUCGACCGCGUCGAAUUUCUUUAUAGCGGACCUACCGAUGGACAGACCGGCACGACCGAGGAGCGCGAGAGCUACCUCUUGGGCAAGCGACGCAUCGACAACUUGCUCAAGGGAACCGAACACAAGAACUUAGAGAAGCAAGCUGGACAGGAGAGUUUCAUGGCCCUUCAGACGGCCAAUACAGCACGCGACACAGCAGCCAAAGUUCGAGAAGACCCCCUGCUUGCUAUCAAGCGACAGGAGCAGGCCGCCUACGAAGCCAUGAUGAAUGAUCCCAUCAAGCGUCGUCAAUUACUUGCAUCCAUGGGCAUGGCAGACGAUAAGUCAAAGAAAGGAAAGGAGGAGCGGCACAAGAGAAGGCAUCACAGGCAUCGAAACGACGACGAUGAUCGGGAAAGGCACCGUAAGAGGCGA